ACAGCAGGCUACAGCCCAGGCCUUAUAUAAGAUACAUCCCCUGUCACCAUAGCAACAGGAGCGGUUUCUUACGUAACCAUAUGCCGAAAUCUUUCAAUUCCGGCCCCGCCCCAAACCAGCUCUCUAGGAAGUGACGUCGUUGCCGGGACUACAUCACGGCGGAGGUAUACAGUCAGGUGCGGUAUUCUCUUCUUUUCCCGUUUAUCAUUUUCCUCCACGGUUCCGGUGGGUCUCCCGGUUCUCAGUGCGGGGUCCAAAUCUUAAUUUUCUAAUUGAAAUUACACCCGGUUUAAACGGGAAAAUGACGUCAUAUCCGGAAGCAACAGCCGGUCCGAGGCGACCAAUCAGAGAGCACUGGCGGUUUAAAUGCCCUGCACUGCUGUGUGUGGGGUAAGUAAGCGUCAGGGCCGGGGUAACGAGAGGCCGAUCCCCCCGAGCAGGGGCAGCGCAGCCAUGGGCACGGUGGGCACCGCGGAGACGGACUGGGUGACUGUCGCCCACAACCUGCUGAGGAGAUGCCACAUCACCCUGCCUGUCAGCGACCUGUCCCAGUGCGACGCCCGAUUCUUCAUCACCCUGUACGAAGCCAUUCUGGGGGAAAGAGUGCCAGAUUUUAUUGCUGAUUCUCGUACACAAGAGGAUGACGCCCAUAAUAUGCAAUCUGUGAUCGACUCGCUUGCCUUGGACUAUCUGCAGGUCAGCCUGUCCCAUAUAACAGGUGAGAACAUUGUCCGAGGAGACCCCGAGUCCAUCAGGAACCUCUUGGAGAUAUUCGAUGGAUUGCUGGAGUAUCUGACCGAGCAGAUCAGCGAGGCGUCCUCCCAGAACGAAGAAGAUUUAGAAUAUAGAGAUUCUCAUCUGAGGGGACUACUUGUGGAGGUUCAGCGGGAUCUUAAGGAUCUCCCUCCAUCUUUGAGGAGGCCUCCAUCUCUAGGGUCUCUUUCCUCCGACCUCCAUCCACCUUCCUGGGGUGCGGACGGCUCUGAGUCUACGACAGAACUGAUCCGUCUGGGGGACACGGCGCUCACCUUCACACUGAGAGGUGUGAAUGUGGAGACCCUGAGGGAGCGGUCACUGACCCCCCGGCCGGCCGCUGUGGAUAGUCACGUUUCUGCCCUCACAGGGGGUGGCGGAAGCCUUGUUCUAAAUGGACACUCUGUAGAUGAGGGGCCGGCCGCCAUUCCUCUAAAGCCCCCAUAUCAGCCCAAGGACAGUCGGCGGCGUCCUGUGAGCCGAGACGUCCAGGUGUCGCUGAGCAGCGCUGCCCUCGGCAGUCCGGUGAAGAGCAAGGAGCGUCCUGAUGGCAGCACGACUCCGGCUGAGCCCAGUGCCACCCAUGGAGAUUUCAUCCAUGAGAUCAGUCAGGGGUCAAAACCACGGAGAUCACCGGAGCGGCAGCCCCCAAAGGAAGCGCCACGUGAGGUGCACCAUCCACAGAAGAAAGUCGCUUUCCGCACUCAGCCGGAUGUGAGGCUGAUGACGCAGCAGAGCUCACUGGGCGACAGGACGGCGACCUCGGAGAGAGACACCACUGUACAGACAGAAGACGAGCGGCGCCCAGAAGACCUACAGUAUUCACUGCUGAGCUCGCGGACCCCGGAGCCCCUCCCCCUGGCAGACGAGCCGCUGUCUGUUCAGAGAGCCCGGAACAGAGUGUCGGAGCUGGAGCUGCAGGAGAUGUCGGAGAAGCUGUCCCGCCGGCUGGAUGAGCUGGACCAGAUGCUGAAGAAGGCGCUGGGGGGACAGACCAGGACCGGCGAGCUGAAGGAGGACGACAAGCUCUCGCAGCACAGCGACAGCAUCAUGGAGAUCCGCAGGAAGAAGCGGCUGCACGAGUCGCUGCACACAAAGCCCCCCGGUGCCCGGCCGCGCUCCCUCUCCUCCUCCCCGCUGCCGCCUCCUCGCCAGUCGCUCUCUGCACAGUUUGAGGACGCUCUAAACAAGGACGCCCGAGGAGAGAUGGCGAAGAUCCGGAGGGACGUGCAGAAGGAGCUGGAUCUGGAGAGGCUCAAGUCUCGGCUGCUGCAGCACGCCUACCAGGACGAAUUAAAGGCCUUCGAAGAAACAGAGAAACAGAAAUUGGCGAAGCUAAAGGACGCGUUACGGGAUGAUGAACAAGAAUGUAAAGAAAAUCUCAUCAAGGCGCCUCCGAAAAAGUCUCACCCAGAGAGGGUGUAUUCUGGGAGCCAGGCGCGGCCGCCCCGCAAGCCCUGGGCCCCCAACCUGCGCAAGCCCGCCAACCGAAUGAAGAUCAAGGAGAACGACUUGUUGCCGCUUCUGCUGGAGGAAUUCCCGCACCUUCAGAUCUCGCAGCAGACGCUGCGCUCCAUGUGGAAGGGGCAGCUGGCGCAGGUGGAGCAACUCGCCAGGUCUGGCCAGGAAGACGAGCGGAGCGAGCGCCAACUGCAGACAGAGGUGGAGGAAGCCCACAAGAAGCACGACCUCCUGGUCGCGCUCAUCCAUAGGGAGCAGGAGCACAACCAGCGGCUGAAAGACUUCAAGGAUCGGAUCCGUCUCCAGAAGUCGGCCCAGAACCGAACGCGGGAGACGCGGCAGCAGGUGGCGCGAGCAAAGCGAUACUACGACGACUACCACGUGCAGCUCCGCGCCAAACUCAUGAGGGCAAGGACCAAAGAGGAGAGGGUCGUUAAGAAGCUCUUUGAGGAGGGGCUGGAGCUGCAGAAGCAGCGGCUGCGGGAGAUGCGUUCUUACGCCAAAGAGCAGCGCGAGGAGCAGAGGAAGAGGCACAAAGAUGAGCUCGAGUCCAUGGAGAACUACUACAAGGAUCAGUUCUCCAUGCUGGCCGAAGCCGUGGGCAGAGACAGGCAGGAGAUCCAAGAGAGGGAGAAGUCGCAGUCCAAGACGCUACACAAGAUAAAGCGAGAGCUGCGAGCAAAGAUGGAGAAGGAGAUCCAAGAGCUGCAGGAGAUGAUCCUCCAGACGGACGAGGACGCCUUCUUCAGGGAGCUGGAGGCCGAGGGGCUGAAGAGGAGGCUGCAGAUGGCGUCCUUCCAGUACAGCAAGAGCCACUGCCUGUGAUACCCAGCACGGCCACCAGAGGGCAGGAACCCUGCACUGAUGGGGCUGGACACACUCUGUGCUGCUGUGCCACAUCCUGCUCAUACUGUAAGAGACUGCAGGUGUCCGGACGGCUUCUUUAGGGCUCAUUCACAUGACCGGUCCGCAAAACACUGAUGGCGCCCGUGUACCUUCCGCAAUUUGCGCAGCAGGAGGCCUAUUAAAGAAAUGCCUGUUCUUGUCUGCAA